UAAUCCGCAUGCAGAAGUAGGCACAAAAUUACAACAUUAGACAAUAAGACGCUUCCUAAUACAAAACCCUAAAAAAACACAUAAAUUCAAGCAGCCUCCAUUGCCUUCCCCACUCUUCACCGCCCCGUCAGUCUACAACUAUACUGCCACCGCAUCACCGGAAUCUGGCGUCAUGGAUCAAAGAGAUCACAGUCACGUCAGCUUCUCCGCCAUCUUUCUCCGUUCUCUCCGACCUGCUAUCUCCCUCACGAUUAUCACCACUAUUUCAACUGUCAUCACCAUUACCAUUCACUAAAAAAAUCUGUAUCCUUCUCACAACUUCAAAGUAUAUAGACUGUGACUGACGCCAAAUUCAAGCGUUAUAUACAAUAUUCUUGUUCGGGCCGGGUCGGGGCUAAUCGUGAUACGACUUGGGGUUUCUGUUUAGCUGUUCGCUUGUUUGUGCCAUGGCUAUUUUGAAGAGCUAUGGCGUGUCCUUGAGAGAAUCUACGUUACCCUUUCCGCGUCCGAAUCGCCCUGAUAAUUAUAAGAGCAGGAGAAAUGUAAAAUGGAGAUCCCCACAAGCAGCAGUAAUACCAAAUUUCCAUCUCCCAAUGCGUAGUUUUGAGGUUAAAAACAGGACGUCAGCAGAAGAUAUAAAAUCUCUUCGAUUAAUAACAGCCAUCAAAACCCCAUAUCUACCUGAUGGAAGGUUUGAUCUUGAAGCAUAUGAUGACUUGGUGAAUACGCAAAUUGAAAAUGGUGCUGAAGGUGUAAUUGUUGGUGGCACAACCGGUGAGGGUCAGCUGAUGAGCUGGGAUGAACACAUAAUGCUUAUUGGUCAUACUGUCAACUGUUUUGGUGGAUCAAUUAAGGUAAUUGGUAACACAGGAAGUAACUCAACCAGGGAAGCGAUUCAUGCAACUGAACAAGGUUUUGCUGUUGGAAUGCAUGCUGCUCUGCACAUCAAUCCUUACUAUGGCAAAACAUCUCUGGAGGGCUUGGUUUCUCACUUUGAUAGUGUGCUGCCAAUGGGUCCUACCAUCAUAUACAAUGUGCCAUCACGAACUGGCCAAGAUAUUCCCCCACGUGUCAUCAACACUGUAGCACAGAGUCCUAACUUGGCUGGUGUUAAAGAAUGUGUUGGAAAUGACCGCAUUGAGCAGUAUACAGGUAAUGGAAUUGUAGUGUGGAGUGGGAACGAUGACCAGUGCCAUGAUGCUAGGUGGAGCCAUGGGGCCACCGGGGUAAUUUCUGUUACAAGCAACCUGGUUCCAGGCUUGAUGCGAGAACUCAUGUUCGGUGGUAAAAACCCUUCACUUAAUGCGAAGCUCUUACCUCUGAUUGACUGGCUCUUUCAGGAGCCUAACCCCAUUGGCCUUAACACAGCCCUUGCACAACUCGGGGUUGUGAGGCCAGUUUUCAGGUUACCAUAUGUACCUCUUCCCUUGGCAAAGAGAGUGGAAUUUGUUAAUCUGGUCAAGGAAAUUGGGCGGGAGAAUUUUGUAGGAGAAAAAGGUGUCCAGGUUAUCGAUGAUGAUGAUUUCAUCUUGGUUGGACGGUAUUAAUCAGUUGUCAAUGUUCAGGACUCCAGUGUUGUGUCUCAAUUUCAAGUUUGCAAUUUCACAUUUUCGUUUAUAAACUUACAAAUAAAGUCUACCUGGUGGUUCAAAUUAUGACAGAAAACAGUAGUACUAUACAUAUGGUACCAAUAUGAUGCCGCUGGAACUGGAAUUGAAUAUUGCCCACUUGGACUGAUUUGGCUUGUAUCUCUCUGCGUCUCCAUUUAUAUAGGAAGGCAUAAUUGUUUUUGGGAAGAGUCAAUUAUACCUAUAGCAAAACAUCUGUUAGCCAGCAUCUUCAAUAUUAGCUUGCUUUGAAAGGAUGGUGCUUUGAUUAUCUAGUUCUUUGAUCCAAAACCAUCCAAAAUGCAAGCAACAAUUUGUUGGUUGUAACUUGCAAACAAGUUUCAUACCUGAUAUUCUGCUGUAGCAGCUUUAGUGCAAUCCACGCAACGCCACCCAUGGAAUGUGCUUGUAGUUUGAAUUGCAAGAUAAUGUUUCCUACCUUUUGGAGGGGGUUAGAAACAUUAGUGUGCACUGUGCAGUAUCUUCCAUGCCUUCAAAAUCCUUAUAUUUUCUAGAAUGGAAGAUUCGCUACAUUGGAGAAGCAAAUGGGAAGAAAACAUGGAAGUACCGGAAAGGAAACGAGAAAUCUCAGCCGUGGGCGUUCUUUGAUUUUUAUUGAAAGGUGUUCCUUUUUGUUUUGAGUGUAGCUAUUUGUACCUUAACAAUUAUUCAAUGGGUUUUUGCUUUUAAUAUCUAAUUUUCUAUUCAAUACACUUCAUAUUCAAAAUACAAAUUUAUCAAAAAAAUUCAAACACUUAA